AUGGAUACUGGAGAGAACAACAAGUUCGGCACGGCUGUGGAAUCUCACCCUACCAUCGAGCGAGACAGCGAUGCACAGGUGCUUGCACGGUUGGGAUACAAGCAGGAAUUCCGCCGUGCAUUCUCUCCGUUUGAAGUCUUUGGACUUGUCUUCAGUAUCUAUGGUCUGUUUCCCUCUAUAGCGUCUGUUCUCGUAUACGCCCUUCCAAACGGUGGUCCUGUGUCAAUGAUCUGGGGCUGGGCGACAUGCAGCUUCUUCAUCUUCCUUAUCACUUUGACGUUAGGUGAAUUGGGUUCAGCGGCCCCGACUUCGGGUGGGUUGUACUGGUGGACAUUCAAGUUUGCCUCGCCACGAUGGCGCAAGCUGCUGUCAUGGAUUGUCGGAUAUUCCAAUACCAUUGGGCUUAUUGCGGGCAUCGCUUCCGUUGAUUGGGGUUGUGCGGUUCAGGUGAUGGCAGCAGCGAGUAUCGGUUCUGGAACUACAUUCUCUCCGACUACUGGGCAGACCUACGCCGUGUAUCUCCUCAUCCUAAUCUGCCAUGCUACAGUAGCCUCCUUAGCAUCGUCGAUCAUCGCACGUUUGCAGACCAUAUAUAUGGUUCUAAAUAUCUUGUUGUGUCUUGGCAUCAUCAUUGCUCUGCCCGCAUCCACCCCGGAUGGAUUCAAGAACUCAGCAAGGUAUGCAUUUGGAGGUUUUGUCAACUACAGUGGCUGGCCGGAUGGCUUCGCCUUCGUCCUGAGCUUCCUCGCGCCACUCUGGACAAUAUCGGGUUUUGAUUCCUCACUGCACAUCAGUGAAGAGACAACGAAUGCUGCCAAGGCGGUCCCGUAUGCUCUAAUUAGCGCCACGUUCGUCGCCGGCGUUCUCGGAUGGGCUAUCAAUGUCGUGAUUGCAUUUCGGAUGGGCACUGAUAUCGAGACAAUCCUGGCAAGCCCUAUCGGACAGCCGAUGGCUGCAAUCUUGUAUGACAGCUUCGGACAAAGGGGCACAUUGGCUGUGUGGUCUCUCGUCGUUACCGUGCAAUUUUUCACGGGCACAAGCUUGUGCAUUGCCAGCUCUCGACAGACAUUCGCCUUUGCGCGAGACGGAGGUCUGCCGUUGUCGAAAUAUCUUUAUCGCGUCAACAAGUACACACAGACACCAGUUAACUGCGCCUGGUUUGCCGUCUUCGUCGCGGCAUUACUUGGGUUACUUGCAUUCGCGGGGGCUGCCGCUAUCUCCGCUAUAUUCGGUCUGGGGGUGAUAGGUCUAUACAUCGCGUACAUAUUCUCCAUUAUGAGCAGAUUCUACGGAGGAAAGGACUGGAAACCCGGUCCAUUCUCUCUAGGCAAAUGGGGGUACCCUGUGGGUAUGGUAGCGGUGGCAUGGAUGGUGUUCUCGUUGGUUAUUUUAGUAUUCCCCAGUUCGCCUGGCCCAAACGCAACAGACAUGAACUACACCAUUGCGGUGCUAGGAGGAUGGUUCGCGCUGUGCCUGGGCUACUAUUUCUUGCCCAAGUACGGCGGCAUGUACUGGUUCCAAGGCCCUGUGGCAAACUUCGGCGCAGAUGUGGGUAGAGACUUGGACUCGCAAGAGGCAACCAUGCAUGAUGAGAAGUUUGGUGGCUAG